ACUUUCCGUCUUCUUCACCGCUUCCCCAUGCUACCUAAGCUCGACGCCUUAUAGGAUGUCACAGGCCUCGCAGGGCCUCACCCAAAGCAGAACCUCGCCAGCACGGACCCUUUCGCCAGCCCAAGUCCACAGUCUACCCACAGCGACAAGGACACCGGAGCUCCUCCAAGAUGCCGGCGAGGCAGCGAGGGGCUGUCUUUUGUACUCCGGGCAGACGCGGCCUACGGGACGGGGAGUGCCACGUCUGGGCUCGUGGGCUGCGAGGCGCCGUGCCUCGCGUGGAUAAAUACCGCGGGGGUGGUCUGCAGCCGCCAGAACGGCAGGGACGAGAGGGGCCUGCGGAAGGUGUCUGUCAGCCCAGCCCGGCCGAGGAGGCGGGGAAGGCGAGGCAGAACACACCCUUCCCCGCACGCCCCGGAGCUCUCCGCUGGGCGAACGCAGCGCGGGGAUACCCCCGCCCCCGCACGGGAGUCCCGUCAGGCCCGGCGCCGCGGCGCCCACCGCCGACCCGCGGCUCGCCGCGGCCUGGCAGGGCCUGUCCUGCGGCGCCACCCGCCCGCCGCCCAGCUCGCCGUCGUCCGCACGCCGGCCCCCGGAGAGCCGGACGAGGAGGUCUCGGUCGGACGGACACUGCGGAGGGCCCGGCUUACCUGGGGGGUUGCUGGUGGCUGGGCAGCUUUCCGGGCGGGAGGGGGGCGUCAGGACGAGGAAGAGGAGUGCAGGCGCAGCGGGAGAAGGGCGGGGGCGGUCGGCCGAGGCCCCGGCAGGUAGCGGGCUGGCGGAGGAGGUGCAGACGCACUGGCGGUAGUAGCGGCGGCAGCAGCGACUGCUCCUGCGGCUCCCUCAGGAUCUUCCUCGGGCAGGUCCAAGAUGGCGGCGCUCCCUGCACAGGGUUUCCUGUCACCCUCGCAAUGGGCCGGACCACAAAAGAAGCGAGGGGGGAGGAGAAUGCGCGCGCAGCUGGCGGAGCCCGGAAGAGGGUGGCCGGGCCCCGGCCCGCUAGUCACGCCCCUUCCUCAGCCCUUCCCUCUGGACUCGUCGCGCCGCCGCCGAGGCCCGCCCCACUGGCGGUGGCGCCUGUAGGGGCGGAGGAGAGCGCCUAUGCGCAAGCGCCGUCGCGUGCUCGCCGCCGAGGGAAGUUACUGCGCAGGUUUGCGUGGAGCUUGCUGAAGUACGACUGGGUCUCAAAGGGUUGGGGUUGUUACUUUGUGGACUUUUUACUAUUUUUAAUGCCAGCAAAUACUGCUUACUGGACGCUUGUGCUACACUGGCCACAAUGCUAAGCACACAUUUACUGCGUUCACUCAACAGUCCUAGAUUGGAGUGCAGCAAAGAGACGUUCAUCCUCGGGAUGUGGCAUAAAUGACACAUGCUGGCAGUCAGCUGGAAGAUAAAGCAAAUGUAUGCGAGGUCAUCCAUUACUAGGGAGAUGAAAGAGAUCGCUCCAGAAUUCCUCCAAGUGGAAUAGCUGGGUUCAAGAAUAUGUGCAUUUUGUGGCCAAAUUGCCCUCCAAAAAGGGGAAUCAAUUUACACUCCCAUUAGCAGCCAACUUGGGAGAGUGUAUUUUCUCCUACAUCUUUGCCAACAAUGAGUGGGCAGCAACAGCUUUUUCUUCCCAGGCCCGGUUUUCGGGUGUUUGUUUACAGAUGGGAACACUGAGGGUCCAGAUGACAAGGAGGCUGCCCAAGGUGGCACAACAAGCAAGUGGCAGAACCAGGGUUCCAUGAAGGUGUGUGACUCCAGAGUGUUCCCUCUCACCUGCCAGAAAGCCUCCUCCCAUCCACUGAACUCUCCAGAGCCCUGGCGAGGUGUGGUAAGAGAGGAAGUGAUUACAGCUGAUUACAGGUGAGGGUGAGGAG